CGCUCUUCGCCUCGAGGUAUCACAAUGAUUAACCCACGUCUUGAAGGAUCAUGGCAUUGCUAAGGGCGACAUCGAUAGCAAUGGCCCGGUUGAGGCACACAGCAUCUCGGAGGACCGCAACACUGACUCCGACCAGUCAGACCUCCUCUCUACGCCGCUCUCCCCGCUGUUCGGCUUCCCGGCCACGCACCUGGACCGUGACACGAAGACCGGACAUUUUGACGCCACGAUUCCUGACCAUCUGCUGGCCCCACCCCUGAAGGAACCACUUGUCUCAUCAAAGGGAGAGCCUGCAUCUGUAGAAGCUUUCGCGGGAGAGAUUGCCAGGUGGCUGGGCAAAUACAACGAAGCUCACCGCGACGAUGGGGCCCAGGAGCGUUUGUCGCAGCGACACGGACAGGAAGAUGGGAUGGAUGCGACUCCGGAGACGGAGACGAAGAUGACCACAGACAAUGAUGAGACGAUGGAAGAGGCCGUCUCCCAGCUGGCGACGGAGGCAUUGAUGGCUUCGUGUCCGUGGCUCGACGAAGACACGGCGUGGCGGGCGUACAUGGCUGCCUUAUUCGAGCAGCUGCACAUGCACGCGGGUAAGGCCGAACAUCUUGCAGAAGGCUCUGAAGUGGAUGGAUUACAGGAGGGCAAGAUUGAGGCCACAGCACGCAACGAGGCCAGCGAGUCAAGUGCUUCUAAGACUGGCCAGAAGCGGUCCUUCAAGAAGACUCUGGAAGAGUACCGCGCUCGGCGAAUGGCCCGUCUCAAGCGGCGCGAGGAGCAAGACAAAGCAUUCCGUCUCCGCAUGGGAGUCAUCAAAGAGGCCGCGAAGGCACACUGCGCCCUUGAUCUCAUGAGCUUUGCAAUUUGGGAAAAGCAGACGGACGCCUGGAGAGCCUGGCGGAAGGAGGUAGAGGAAAAGGCGGGGAGGAUUUCACCGCGACCACCAUUGAUGGAGAUGGUGCUGGAAGACCAUGUCCAGAGUGAGGAUGACAAGUACCGCUACGAAGAGGAUGGCCAUUGGUUUUGAGUGACCGUUUGAAACCGGAAGAGGAGAGGGGCUUUAUCGUCUGUCCGGAAGAUUUUUCUAGGAUAUUGUUUCAACUACAUUAUCUCAGUAGCAAGUAGCGUUAGAUCGCUCACAAAGUAUAUAUGACCGAUUAGUUUCUUACCGAGAUCUCCCGAAGCGAUGCAUCC